AAUGGCAUCCAACUCGUUCUUGUAUCAGACACAAGCACCUUCUUCCCCUGUUACAAGUAACUCUCAAGUUGGACAGGAAGAGAUUUACUUUAACAGUGACCACACUGUAGACUACAUGGUCUCACCUAAACCAUCUACGAGUCGUAUGACACCGCAGCCAGACAACUUGGAAAACACCAGCAACAAUAAGCGUCGUUCCUCUACAGGCUCGACAAAUAACUGCCUCAAACCUAUUAAACUUGCUGCAGAUAAAGAACUGGUUUUGAAACGAGACCAUUAUAUAAAACCAACCUCAUCAACGAGUAGUACAACUCCAUCUUGUCCAUUAGUCAUCACACCGAAAGCAAACAUAAAGUUCGAAAAAAAGAAGAACAGCAAACUAUAUCGAAAAGAAAGGCUUAAACAGGCCAAAAAUGAAUACGAAGAGAGGAUAGAAGAAUAUUUUGAACAGUUAACCGUAGGUUGUCAACAGCGAGAUUGCCUCAACAAAUUUUGUGCUUCAGGACGAGGCGGUAUUCUUAGUUUACAACCGCAGGCUGCACUGAUCAUGUCAAUACAGCUAGCUUCCAUGCCAGGCUCAAGGUUAUGUAUAAUCAAUAGUGAUCAUGUACAUGUUACACAAAAGGAAACAGAAAGAGAUAAUACCCAGGAACCUACACGAAAACCGUUCUUAACAUCUCUCUUCACUUCCACUCCUUUCAUGGGCUUAUUAAAUAAACAACCACCCAAGGAGAAGAAGCAAAAGGAUCACCAUUGGAGUACGGAUUUUUGGAAAUUAUUCAGUCAUUUUAAUAAUGACGAUGAUCAUAUAAUAGCUGAUGAAGGCUACUAUCAAAUCGAUCAAGAGCAGCGUCAGGACACUGACAUGCUAUUAGCUAUUCCUCCUCUAUCCGUUAAUUUGGAUCAUGCGGUAGAGUACUUGCAUCGGUCCAUCGUUACUCAAUCAAUAUCCGAAGAUAAAAUGGAUACCUGGUGUAGAUCAAUAUUUCAAAGCUGGGAAGGCAUUGGCAAUAGUUUCCUAUCUGGAAAGUUUAUUCAGCUAGAGGAUUUAACACGGUUUUAUCAGUUGGUCAUUCACCAAGAUAAAAAACUGAAAAAUACUCGCCAAAUUAGAAUCAUGGAAGCUAUCUCUGAUAGUUUCGAAACCCUCUUGGAUAGAAUGGCUUUAAACGUGGAAUCUCUCACUGCACAGGCAUCAGAUCAUACUCGCAUCAUGUAUGAAUGGUGUCGCUCCAUUAUGGCCGUCGUACAAUGGAUCAUUUGUUGCAAAGAAAAGAAACAAAAGGAAGAACAAGACGGCCUAGCUGCAUUAGUCGCCAAAUUGGAUGAUGUCGCUACCAAUCAAAAAAGAGCUGCUUCUAUUGCCUCUACAAGCCAAAUCAUUUUGAUCCACAAAUUGAUCCAAGUCUUAUCGAAAAUGUCUCGAAAGAAGACAAGCAUCAUAAGAAAACUCAUGUUAGACAUGUUGGCCAAUUUGGAUCCCACACGUAUGACUUUGUUCAUUGGUGAUCUACAUCAGUAUCUGUCCGACCAUUAUCAUACGGGACCAUAUAAGCAUGGAUUAGAAGAUACUGCCAUCAUGACCUUGAAAUGUUUGGAACUAGUGUAUCAAGCCAAUAUGAAGACACCAAAUUCACCUAUUGUACCGAUAGAAACAUUCUACAGUGACUCAAUUUGUAAAAAGCUCAAUAUAAAAAACGAAUAUCGCAUAUGGAAACGAGUAUUAUUGCACGGAGAAGGCCGACAUUCAGCUUUAAUUACCCGUCAGGGAGAAAGUGAACAUCAACGACGAUCUCGUCUAUUCAUGACAACGAGUUCUAGCUUACUGCCUUAUCCAUUUGAAAACGAAUAUCAAUUCUCCUGGUUUAGUUAUCCCUUUUUGUUACCACCUUCUAUUAAACGCAAAGUCGUAUUGAUUGAUGCUAUGUCACAAAUGUCUCUGGAAUAUGAGGAUGCUUGUGUUAAUCAUACUCUGGUUGUUCAUGCUCAAAAACUCCUUUCUGAAGCCCCCCUCAUGCUAAAGAACUUGGAAACUAACCUCCGUAGUGCAACGUGCCCUUAUCUCUUGUUGGAAAUUAGACGUGAACACUUUGUUACAGACACUUUAAAGCAGUUAUCCAGAAAGUGGAGUGAUCUAAAAAAGCCUCUUAAAGUGAAGUUCAUUCACGGUGGUGAAGAAGGUAUGGAUCAAGGCGGUGUCCAAAAAGAAUUCUUUGGUGUCCUCUUUGAAAAAUUAGUGUCGCCUGAGGUAGGUUUAUUUUCUCAAGAUGAUCAGACUCGUCUUUGCUGGAUUCGUCAUGUUGUCGAACCUGAUAUUCGUAUGUAUGAAAUGGUAGGGGUUAUGAUGGGUCUAUCCGUAUAUAAUGGUGUUAUCAUGAAUCUCCAAUUUCCCAAGGUCUUGUGGAAGGUUUUAGUCAUGCCUAAUGAAUCAUUGAUUGAGAUAAUGGCCGAAAAACAAGUGUUAUUUACUUUGGAUGAUUUAGAAGAAGGUUGGCCUGGACUAGGCAAUGGUCUUCGCCAGUUAUUGAAUUGGCAUGAUCAAGUGGAAGAUGUGUUUUGUCGGGAUUAUGAAAUAUCCAUGGAUAUUUACGGUAAAGGGAUUGAAACCAUCUCUUUGUUACCCAAUAAGGAUGAUCCUGUUGUACCUGUAACAAAUGAGAACCGUGAACAAUACGUCAAGGAUUAUUGUACCUUCUUCAUGUACACUGCUCAAAAAGAGCAACUAUUGGCCUUGCGCCGUGGUAUGUGGAGCGUUAUUGGAAGUCGAGCCCUUAGUCUAUGUACGGCUGAAGAAUUGGAAAUGGUGGCAUGUGGUCUUCGUCAAGGCCCAGAUUCUAUCGAGCUGAAUAUGGCUGAACUUGAGAGUGUGGCAGAGUAUGAUGAUGGCUAUAAUGCAGAUCACCCAACUAUAAGGCAAUUCUGGUCUGUGGUACAUCAUGAUUUAACUAACGACCAAAAGAAACAAUUAUUACUGUUCGUUACAGCAAGUGAUCGUGUACCUGUCGGUGGACUGAAGGAACUUUCAUUUUAUAUUCAAAGAAACGGUCCUGAUAGUGACAGAUUACCUACUGCACUUACCUGCUUUAGUCGACUUUUAUUGCCCGAGUAUGCUAGCAGACAGAAACUUCGUGAUAGAUUAAUUACAGCCAUUGAGAAUACCAAGGGCUUCGGACUUGUAUAGAUUAUUUGUACUGCAGCAUAACACUUUCGCAUCCAUCUAGUUUUUAUUUAUACAUUACAUUUAUAUAUAUAUAUAUAUUACUCAUAUACCGUACUUACUACGUUAUCCUAUUCGUUUAUCAAUGUAUAUCAUCGAAAGAGAGAUAACAAUUUCAAUCGCAUAUAAAAUAGUCAUUUAUUUAGUGCAUUAAAA